CAAUCAGUACCAAUGUCUGCACUCUGGUUGCUGAGAAGUCUGUUUUGCCCUUAGUUCUAGCGUAACCAUGUGCGGUACAUGAAGCACUGAAGAGACAUAGACAAAUGAAUUCUACUGAAAAUGUGAGGGUCUGUUAAAACUCUGACGUUUUUUAAAAGUAAGGAUUAAAUUUAAUUUUAGGGGAGUGAACGGAAACGCACAUCGAUUGUGAAAUUAGCUUCAGCGACAGCGACCAUCACCCCUGAGGCUUGCCGGUAUGUGACAUGUGACGUUCAUACAUCUGAAAAACAUUGAAAAUAAACUAAAUUCUGUAAAAAAAAAUAGAACAGGCUGGCCAUACGUGUUGCCUCUCAGUUCAAACACCAUGUUUCCUCAGGCGAGUAAAGAGUUCUUGGUUCGGGUGCGGUUCUUUUGGCGGCCGUUUUUUCAGGGCCGGUACCUCUUGGUCACAAACGUCGUCAGUUCUGGAGGCAUGCUGGCACUUGGAGACUGCCUGCAGCAGAGCCUAGAGAUCCGCAAAGACACCGAUAGAAUCAGAGACUGGAGGAGGACAGGUUGCAUGUUUGUUGUUGGCUGCUCCAUGGGUCCACUACUGCAUUACUGGUACUCCUGGCUAGACAGAGCCUUCCCUGGCAAUGCCCUCCGUGUGGUUGGCAAAAAGGUUCUCGUGGACCAAUUGGUGGCCUCACCAACAAUUGGCAUGUGGUAUUUCUUAGGAAUAAAUCUCACUGAGGGACACACUUUAUCAGAAGGAUGGGAGGACUUCAAAGGCAAGUUCUGGGAAUUUUACAAGAUGGACUGGUGUGUUUGGCCAGCAGCUCAGCUGAUAAACUUCUACUCCGUCUCACCCAAAUACCGCGUCCUGUACAUCAACGUGGUCACGUUAGGCUGGGACGCCUACCUCUCCUACCUCAAACACAGAGAUGAUAAACCACACACUCACCAGGUGCCAGACAGCAGUUCUGCUGCACACGAUCAACAGGAAGUAUCCAACCCUCUGAAGGAUGAGACAUAGAGACCGAGGUUCUGCUUCCCACUCAUUCACUCAAGGCAAAAGAACAUGGUUCAUAUUUUUUAUACUAUUGUAGACUGUUGUGGAUUCCUGCCCUUGUUAUUCUCCUCCAACACUUCAUGUGUGGUUGGACUCAGAGAAGAGAUUCAGAGAUGGUUGGAGGGACUUUCUUGUUUUUGGACGUUUGAAUCAUUUGCUUAUUGAAAGGAUCAUUCAGGGAAGAGUGGCUGUGACACUGCCACAAACCACUGCACUGAGAUUCCACAUUUCAAAAGUGGUUGUAGUGGGAAACUCAAAACUCCAGCAUUUUUAGUUAAAUUCAUCAGUAAGGUUCCGUCACCUUUAGUUUUGUGCACAAAACAUUAUUGUGCACUAAAUGUAAAAUAGAAUGUUCAGGUCCAGAACAUUUUUAUUUAAGAACGUGCUCAUUGAUCUUAUUUAUUUCUGUGAUGAUGAAUUAUUUGUUAACAUUAUAAAAAAGAAAGUCUGAGUUCUCUCUCAGGCUUGCAUUCAUACAAAUCUAAUAGCACCUUUAACUAAGUUUGUCCCAAUACCAUCUACAAUUAAACCUUUUGCAUAAUUAAAAACAGCCAACUGACCAGAAAGUGAGCAGCUCUCCUGCUUUCCAGUAAACAAAAAAGCAAUAUUUCAACAUCCCAAUAAACAAAUAAAC